CAAAUAAUGAAUCAAGUUAAUGUUAACGAAAUUUUACUUUUUUGGUUCAUAGCAGCUGCACAUAACUGCAAGUUAUUGUUACGCUAAGGCAAUGGAUUACGAACGUGAUCGCGUGAAUAGACUCGUCUCCAGGAAUACUGAAAUAAUUAUAGUGCUAUUAGUUGUCGCGAUAAUAGCCGGGAUACUGCAAGGGGUUGGUUAUGCCACACCAGGUUGGUUGGUCUUUUCAGGGACGAGUGACAGUAAUGUGUCUUUUUCUGUCGGCAUGGGGUUUUGGUAUCAAAGAUUUUGUACAGAUAGUUGUGAAAUUGGAUAUAUUAACAGCGCAUUAUUCUGGUCAAAAGAUGAUAAAACAGAAUUCGAUACAUAUAAACUGAUAGCGACUUUGGCAGUUGUGAGCAGUAUUUCCGUUCCUAUCACGUUGCCUAUUUAUCUAAGGAAAAUUCGGCUUCAAGGGGACAUAACAUCAAUGGCGACUACAAAUGUGAUUUUUUCCCUUGCUGCUGGUGUUCUUGCAUUGGUAGUAGUUGGUAAAACAGCAAGUGAUGUACACGCUGAAUAUGAAUUAUGGGUUGAAACGGAGAAAGAUACAGAUUUCAAGCUUGGCUUUCUUUACUCUGCAAUGUUGAUGGGACUAGGAGGAACUUUGAACGUCUUGAUAUUCAUUGCGUUGUGUGUUCAGAUUUACUACAGAAAGAGGGACAUGAAUGAAUCUGAUAGAGAGGAUGAAUCUGUCGGCAUGACGUAAGAACCAAAAGAAAGAACAUUCUCUCAAUUAACGCAAUAGUGAAAUUUGUAAUACUACGUACAGCCUUAAGAGAGUUAAGUUUCAACACUUACAU